AUGAGCGAAUGGGACACCGUCACCAAGAUCGGCUCCAAGACCCGUGGCGCUGGUGCUGCCCCCCGCGAGACUGUCGUCAAGGGCAAGAGUGCUUUGAACGCCGCCCAGCGUCAGGGCGCAGUUAUUGGAAGUGAGAAGAAGUACACCACCGGUAACAUUGCCGCCAAGGCAGGCGCCCCCGAAGGCCAGCACUUGACCAAGGUUGACCGCAGCGACGACAUCGUCAAGCCCAAGACUGUCGGUCUACAGGUCGCAGACGCCCUCAAGAAGCGCCGCAACGAAGAGCCCUACAAGAUGUCGCAGAAGGACCUCGCCACCAAGUGCAACACCACCGUCUCUGUCAUCCAGGACUUUGAGCGCGGUACCGCCACGCCGGACCAAAAGGUGCUGGGCGCCAUGGAGCGUGUCCUGAACGUCAAGCUGAGAGGCUCGGACAUUGGGAAAGACAAGUUCCCCAAGAGGAAAUAA